AUGCCACCGGAGAUCCUCCUGGCUAUCGCGGACUUGCUGCCACAAGCUGCCUUGCGUGCCCUCUCUCUGGCCAACAAGCGGCUCUACGACGUCAUUAAUCCAGUCCUUUACGCGCAAUCUGUCAAGAACGAAGCACCCGACACCACCGUUCUCGCCGCUCGCGAUGGAAACCUUGACACCCUGAAGAUGGCCGCUUCCUUCGGCGCCGACAUGAACCGAGUCUACUGGGUACCCGUUCCGACCUGGGCGAAGCCAGAAAAAAUCCAAUCAACAGCUCCCAAGACGGGGUAUGGAGUCUGUUGGGCAACUCCACUCCAUGUGGCAGCCGCGUAUGGACACUACGACGUCUUGAAGUGGCUUCUUGCCAAGGGCGUCGAUGUCGAUGUUCCGGGAAAGCUCCUCUGCGGAUGUCUGAGUCUUUGUGAGAUGCGAGAUCAUUUCGGCACUUCGUCAGAUGCCUGGCAAAGACACAUAAAUCUGGACUGCGUACCGGAUGUUGCCGGUACCUGGACACCGCUUCAUCUGGCCAUCUGCCGUGGCAACCAGUCGAUCGCCCGUCUUCUCAUCUCCCGCGGUGCUUCCCUGGACAUUCGCUACAAUCGAAGGAUGAAUAUUCCGCGGACUCAUGGUGUGUCGACCCUAUUUUACUCGGAAUCCUGUGAUUCUCACACCCGCAUGACACACUUUGGCUCGACUGGCAUCGAGGAAAGCUCGAACGAUGAUCUCGACCAUCGCUUCAACACACAGGUCCUAGAACAAGCCGAAGACUAUAAUCGCAUGCACGCUGUUCACACCGCGGCUUCGUCGGGGCAGAAGGAGAUUCUGCACUAUCUCGUUGCUAAGGGAGUCGACAUCAACAACCUUGAUGGGUCCAACGGAAACGUCUUGCACUAUGCACUCAGUGAGUCCGAUACCGACAUGUGCAAGCUUGUCCUCGAUCUUGGAGUCGAUACUGCCACGCCGAUUGAUUUUUCGGAAUACAAUAUAGAUGGAAGUUGCAUCAUGAGUGUGGUGGAGUGGGCGGUCACAUACUGCCCAGGCAAAACGGAGGUCAUCAGCCGUGCUCUUUCCUACAUCGCCGAACGAGGAGAUUCAUUUUGGAAGGUUGACGAGGGUUUCGGCAAAGCCAUGGUCAUCAAGUCCAUUUUUGACUCUGACUGCUAUGACAACAGGCUUAUGAAGCCAGAGUACAACAGAUGGAUUUCCGAGUUCUUACAAGGUGCCAUCCUCACAUGCGACUCGAGCAACGUCGGCAACCUGGAGGAAGACCUCGUACUCUGUUUUGCGAUGAACGCAACAAGUAUUGACGGCGGAACCGACAAGUUUGAUUUGAAGAAAGUCAUUCUUCCCAAUACCCCUCUUUCGGACUACUUUGGGUCCGAAUUGUUUCGUUUCUUCGAAAUUGAGCUCACGAUGUCACUUGCAAGGCUCCAAAACCUACCUAUCGAGGUGCUCUUGCUACUUGUUGAGCAUGCCACCAGCGACGACGACAGCGACAGAGACGACAGCGACAGAGACGACAGCGACAGAGACGACAGCGACAGAGACGACAGCGACAGAGACGACAGCGACAGAGACGACAGCGCCAGAGACGACAGCGACAGAGACGACAGCGACAGAAACGACAGCGACAGCGACGACAGCGACAGCGACGACAGCACCGAUGGCGAGAGCGAUGGCCACCACUACAGCGACAAUGAGAAAGCCAGAAAUCGCCAACAUCUCUUCGGAAGCCUGUGCCGAGUCAACCGUCGCUUUCACAGCAUUUUUGAGCCUCUCCUGUACCGAGCCGCGAUUAAUACCGAGAACAACGUCAUCACCACUCUGGCCGCCCGAGAUGGCAGGCUGGACACCUUGAAGAAAGCCGUCGAGUAUGGAGCCGACCUGAACAGUGUUACCUGGGUUCCAAUUCCCAAUUGGGCCCCCCCUGGUGAUCUUGACAGCGACUUGCGAGGUACGGAAGAAUGCCCAAGGGACACAAGCUGGGGCAUUUGCUGGGCAACACCCCUGCACAUGGCUGUUUGCGAAGGCCGCUACGACGUUGUCAAAUACCUCUUUUCUAUCGGAGUCGAUGUUGACGUUCCGGGCAAGCUUCUCUGCGGCUGCCUGUCCAUGGGCGAAAUUGUGGCCGGCUUGGAUCCAGAUUGGUCCCCAGAACUAUGGGAUGGAGUGGUCAUUGCAUCAGGAGUUUGGACCCCGCUUCACUAUGCCAUCUGCCGCAGAAAAUCUGACGUUGCUCGCUUUCUCAUCUCUCAAGGAGCAUCGUUGGACACCACGCGCUACCCUGACCGCGACGAGAUUCCAAGGGACAACGGGAUCGCUUCGCUCUUUGGUCUUGAUCUAUCCAAGCCCAAGAAAUCAGCAUCGAUCCGCAACCGUCUCGAUACACUCAUCUGCAGCGUCGGAACAUCAGGACCAAUGUUCGACGAUCAUGAAGAAGUGAUCGGUGGUGAUGGCUACGGCGGGAGGGAACCCCUCGCAGACAGCGUCGCAGCUAUUCACACGGCCGCAGUCAUCAACGACCUAUCAAUGAUUCAUCACCUCGUUGUCGACUGUGGCUUCGACAUCAAUGCGAAGGAUGGUGGCGGUGCUACCGCUCUCCACUACAGUCUCACAGCGAAUGAUAUCAAGACUGUGCGCUGCGUGUUAUCUCUUGGUGCAGACCCCAACAUUGACCUUGAUAUCGACUGCCAUCCUGCGGUCAACGGUGCCGCAGCUUGGCUUGUGUCCUACUAUAGCUUCUUAGUGUUGAUGACACAGCAAGAUUUACCACCUUCUUGGGUUUUUGAGCGCGCCGGCAACCGGGGUACUAGAGCCAAAUUCAUCUCUCAAGCCCUCGGAGCGCUUCUUGACCACGGCGUCUCCUGCUGGGUGGGAGACAACGCAGGCAAUCCCAAGUGCCUAGCGCUAUACCAAGCUCAAGCUGACAGUUAUUGGGUCCUUCGCAGCCGAAAACAUGUCUAUGACAGCUGCUUCAAGAGAUUCCUAGAGGGUGCAAUGAUGGAGUACGACCCCGCGAAGGUUGGCGUCAACUCUCGCAAAGUAAUCAUCUACCUGAAGGCCCUUUGCAGGAUGACGCCCCCGAACCUCCAGUGCCUGCCAACGGAGGUUCUCCUUCUCAUCGUCUCAGGUGUCGGCGAGAAACAGCGUCGGGCGGCGCUUGCUGGACUUUCGCGCGCAAACAAAACUCUCCACACAACUUGCAACCCCUUUCUUUACCACGACGCUAUCAAGGACAACGCCCCGGAGAUCACCACUCUUGCCGCCCGACAUGGCAACUUGGAUACUCUUAUGAAGGCUCACGAGUACGGUGCCGACCUCAACGUCGUUACCUGGGUUCCAAUCCCGUCAUGGACAGAGAAAGGAAACGUCAUCAGCCAAGAUUGGUCUAAGAUCGCCGACGAUGACUUUGGCUAUGCCUGGGCGACCCCUUUGGCUGUAGCCACCUGCGAGGGCCACUAUCAUGUUGUCAAAUACCUGUUGACCUUGCAUGUUGACGUCGACGCUCCAGGCAAGUUAUUCUGCGACUGCGAUGUUCCUAAAUCAAUUCUAGAGGACGCCCCGAUGGAUCCCUGGGAUGUUCUCAACACAACCUACCUCGAGACUGUGUGUUGUGCUGGGGUCUGGACACCACUUCACUUCGCCUUAUGUCGCAACAAGACCUCCAUCGCGCGUCUGCUCAUCAGCUGCGGCGCUUCUUUGACCAACACGAGAUAUCCGGUCCGAAGUCAGAUCCCCCGCGGGAAUGGUAUCGCAUCGCUCUUCGGUCUCGACACAGUCGACACACCGAAAGCAGCCGCCAUUCGUAAACGUCUUGGCUCUCUCAUCCUCAGUCUUGGCCCGCGGGAAAUAGUACAAAGCGAGGAUGGGGACACGGAAGCGGACCACGAUGACAGUGUAUCCGGCGCUGAAUGGAUCGAUGACGCAGAUAGUACAGCUUGUGCCAUUCACACUGCAGUGACGACCGGCAAUGAAGCUAUUGUUCGCCUUCUCGUACUAGAUCACAAUGUCGACAUCAACCAAGCAGACAGCAAAGGCGCAACUGUUUUACACUACGCCCUGAAGACCACACGUGUUGAAAUGAUUUGA